ACCCGUAAAGACGUGUUUAUGCAUCAAUUUUGUUUUGAAAGAUCUUUAAAAUGCUACAUUUCAUAAAUGUUUUUCAUUGAUAUUGUGCGGUGGGAGCUAUGGGCUAGGGUAUUUCAUAAACAGUGACGUUUUCUCAUCGCUAGGUUCAAGUUUAUGUGGUCGCUAACUCUAGUGCCCUACAUUCCUAUGCAUUUUACUCAAAUGGAAGAAAGUUAUGCAUACGGAGCGUGUCUUUUUAAGGGUGUGACUUAACAGACGCUGGUAAUGGAUGGCAUCUCGUCUCGUAGUCUUGUUUGAUAGAUCGAGAAACUCCGGUUAUGUAUACUUUAAUUGAGAUAGCGCUAAGUGUGGGAGUGCUCGUCAGUCUCAUUACUGCACUCUCCGCUUGUGUUUGUGGCUGCAAGAAUUCCAAUCAGAAAAGUGAGUUGGUUGGUACGGCCGGUGUAGUCAAAAUCCGUUUUGACGAAGAGGCCCCUUCACCGGCACCCACAACGCCCGCGUCAGUAAAGCGGGCCUCGACGCAGAACAGCCAGCGCAGCCUGCCCGAGAUCCCGCAGCCCGUGGGCCGCCACGACAGCGGCGACACCGCCUCUGAGAUAUACGCCACUGUCAACUUAGAUACUGGAAACAAGGCCGCAGCAGAACCGUCAACAAGCCGAGACCAUCCGUACGAGCAUGCAUACGCCAAGCUACAGAAUGACAAUCAUAAUAUUGCUGUGGAAAUCACACCUGACAGCCGGGAGGACGAGAUAGCAAUAGACGAGAGAGAUGCAAGCCAGUCUGGACCAGAUUCGGUAGUGAUAUCGGCGCGCGUGGCGAUCAGCGGCGCGCUGCCGUCCAGCCACGAGCUGCCGUACAUCACGCCGCCGUCGCCGCGACACAACCAGCACUUCAGCGGGGACUCCACCGACUCGGCCAAGGGCUACACGAGCAUAUCGGUGCGGGAGCCGCUAAGUAACAUCCGCGCGCAGAGCGCCGCGGCCGCGCCCGCCGCACCACACUAUGCCACAGUGUCCGAUGACUCGGACGAGAUGUACGCGGCCAUCGAGGAGGGGCUGGCGGGCUCGGGCUCGGCCACGUACGCGCAGAUCCCCGAGCGCCGCCGCCGCGAGCCCGCGCAGCCAGACGACCACCACGCCAGGAGAAGUGCACCACCAGAAAUAGGCGCAUCCACAUCGAAUGCGACACAUUCGAGACAAGCGUCGUCGUCGUCGUGCUCGAACUCGACGGGCGCGCUGGGCUCGCCCAAGCCGGAGAAGCGCCAGGCCAACUCGCCGCUGCCUCCGCCGCCUCCCGCGCCCGCGCCGGCGCCUGCAGCGCGCGCCGCGCACCAGCGCAUCUCCAGCACCGGUGACCUCUUCAACAACGACAAACUCCGGCGGAGCCUCAACGAGAAACACCAGCGGAACAACAGCUGCGUGAGCUCGUCCGACUUCUACGGCUGCAACUACCCCGUCGACAAGCACCGCUUCAGCUCCGGCGACAUCAUCCGCCCGCUCGUCGCCAAGGAGAUCGACAUCGAGCGCGCCGAGCCCGAGCGCGCCAGCCCGCAGCGCAACCUCGACGACAUGUACGCCAAGGUCGUCAAGAAGGCCAAGAGCCGGCCCACCGACGCCGACGAGCCCGCCAAGUUCCGCGCCGAUGACCCCGGCUACGAGACCAUCGACCGCAACAAGGCCCACCACGGCUACGAGACCAUCGCACACAAGGACCGCAAGCUCUCCCGCAACCAGGACCCGGGCUACGAGACCGUCAAGGACGUCGGCAAGAACACCAACUUCGCCAAUAACAACAUGCUCGGCAAGUUGAACCACGUCUCCGACAGCGGCCCCGACAGCCUCGUGAGCAGCGACGCCGGCUACGAACACAUCUCCAAGAUGGACAACGGCGCGUCGGACUCGGAGCCCAACUACGAGGUGCUCCGCAACCAGCCGCCGACGCCGCCGUACGCCACCAUCGCGCCCACCUACUCCACCGUUAACAAGCGGCCCGGCAAGUACUCCGACUGGCCCAACAACAACGGCGACCUCGUCGAGUCCACCUACGAGUCGAUGCCGCACGACCCGCUCUACAAGGGCAGCGGCAGCGAGUCCGACCCCAACUACGAGUCCGUCCGCCCCAAGGACCCCAACUACGACGACGUGAGGACGAGGGACCCCAACUACGAGUCGCUGAGACUGAAGGACCCGAAAUACGAGUCCGUUCGGUCGAAAGCCUCCAAGAGCGACUCGAUGAGGUCCAAGAAGGAUCCGAACUACGAGAGCGUGAAAUAUUUCGAACUAUCUAAGAAGGAGCCGCCGUACGAGGAGUUGAACAACGAGGCCGCCGGCGGGUCGGUGCAGCGCUCGGACUCGGGCGCGGGCUACGAGCGCAUCGCCGCGCGCCCGCAGCCGCCCGCCGUCAACGGCGCCGGCGCCGACCAGGUCGGCGAUUACUUUCAAGUCUAAACGCGCAACGAACGACGGCGUGCGAGGCCUAGACGGUCGCCCGUCGACCGAGAUUUUAAUAUGAAAUUUUCCUAUAAGCCGACGAUUAGGAGUUUUGAGAUUGUGCUUUUUUAUUUUAUUGUCAUAUUUUAUACAAAAUAAAUUGUCUACGUUUUGUAAUACCUCAAAGAUAGAAGAUUUAAUCGAGAAUUGUCUUCGCUAGGUAUCUGUGAUAUAUGUAUAUUAUUAUGGUUAUUUUACUUUUGAAAGAUGACGCGGUAAAGUAUUUUACGAGAGACGUGGUGAGUUGUGUUCGUUCGUAAUCUCCAUUGUAGUGUGUUCAUAAAUAAGAGUUGCGAUUACGAGAUCUGUAUACCGACGUGGGUAUACUGCGUGUACAAACAUAGAGUGUAUAUGACGACAAUGUAAUUUAUGAUAUAUCUGAUUAUUUACUUAAGAUUAAACGUACUUGGAGUGUCGGAGAUACUUAGUGUCUUGAGUGUUAAUAUUUUAGUGUCGGUGACGCGAGGAGACAUGAGGUGGGCCCGAGUGAAAGGGACAGUAUUCGCCUAAGACUGCCUUGUGUCUUGGAUCAAAAACAUCCCACUUGAAGCUACAUCGGCAAAGCAAUCUUAACAGUAUUAAAGUUCCAAUUGAAUGUAGCUUUUGAGUAGGGAUGUUAUUUUAUAUCACUUAAAUGUAUUUGUGAGUACGGGCACAGUAAAUGCAUCAUACGGCGCGGGGUACCCUUACGUACAGAUGUAUAAUUAUUUGCGACUCCCUUAGAUGUAGCAUGAUACGUUUGCUCUGCCAACUCCUUUUUAGUGGUGACUAUUAUUAUAUUUUCUAAUAAUUUAUGUUUCAUGUUGUUAUGUUGAAUUUGUUAUAAAAAUAUUAUUUAAGAGUAUUAAGUAAUUAUUUGGUGUCAUAACUUUUACAGUUGUUGGUAAGAGUUGAUUUUUGUGAUUAGUACCUGAGCAUAUUGUUUUACUUUCAUCAUAAUGGACUGACACCUCGACAUUCAAGUCUUAAAUUAUAUAAAAAGCUUGUGCCCUUUUGUAUCUACUCAUUUAUUGUAAGCUUGAUUUCAAACAGCACAAUGCCAUUGAUAUUAUUCUACAUUUUUGUAACAUUUAUAGUUUUUUUAAUGUGUAUAACUUAUGUGAUAAACGAACACCAUUUUAUACAGAUUAAAUUUCCAGUUAUAGUACAGUAUUAACCGCGAUGUCGCGUCUAAUUUAAAAAUGUUAACUAUUCCACAAAACAAAACCAUUCCAAGUGUAAUACAUUAAUAAUAGAUCCAAUGACUAUAAAUAAUAUUUAAUGGAAUUAAAAAUACCUAUGCCAUAAA